AUGGUGGUCGCCAUCACUAAGUUUUUCAACUGGCCACUCGACCAACUUGACGUGGUAACAGCCUUUCUCUACGGCGUGAUGAAAGCGCAAGUGUACUGUGCAGUUCUAGAAGGCGUCGAAUUGGAUGGAGACUUCAACUGCCUUGAGUUGGUAAAGACAAUCUAUGGUCUCAAGCAAGCUUCACGAGUAUGGAACGAGACCUUCGACGAGUUUGUACGCUCCAUCGACUUCGAAGCGUCAGCUUACGAUCCGUGCCUCUACAUCAAGAUUGCAGAUGGUCACUGCGUACUGUUGUUGGUCUACGUGGAUGAUGUGCUGGUGACCGGAAGCUCGACCGAGCUGAUUGCGCGCACGAAGAGUGAUCUCAAGACGCGCUUCGAGAUGACCGACAGUGGCAAGUGUGCUUUUGUGUUGGGCAUAGAAUUGGUCGAAAACGAUGACAAUAGCGUGACCAUGUGCCAGCGACGCUAUGUGAAUGACAUCCUGAAACGCUUUGGCAUGGAAGACUGCAAGGCAGUAAUAAGCCCAGCUGACAUGAGCACUCGACUACUUCCAAGCGACGCAGCAACUAAGGUGAAUGUCCCAUUUCGAGAAGCCGUUGGGGCUCUCAUGCACUUAACGACUGCGACACGACCAGACAUUGCUUUUGCUGUGGGUUACGUGUCGCGCUUCAUGGAAAACCCUCAAGUCGAGCACUGGAUUGCAGUAAAGCGUAUCCUCCGUUAUCUGCAAGGGACCAAGUCGCAUGGAAUAUGCUUCAAACCCGGUGACGAAGUUGAUUUUCGUGGAUACUCCGACGCGGACUGGGCUGGAGAUCACUCGGAUCGCAAGUCAACUUCAGGGUAUGCGUUUUUGCUGAUGAGUGCCCCAAUUAGUUGGGGAAGCAAGAAACAGUCAAGCGUGUCGCUGUCAACGAGCGAGGCCGAGUACAUUGCGCUAAGUUUAGCAAUUCAAGAAGGCAAGUGGGUUCACCGUCUUUUGUGCGAGAUCCUGGCGGCGUCGAACAAGCCGGCGCCUGGACUGAAGAUCCUUGAAGACAAUCAAUCUUGCAUCAAGAUGACGAAGAAUCCCGUCAACCAUGGCCGUGCAAAACAUAUCGACAUCAAGUAUCACCACAUCCGUGACGAAGUCAAGCGCGGCGAAGUCAAGUUGCAGUAUUGCGAGACUUCCAUCAUGCUCGCGGACAUCUUGACGAAGGCACUUCCGGGGCCACGACAGAAGGAAAUGACGGCUGCUCUAGGCAUCCACGCGUGUUCGCAUUGA